AUGCCUGUCCGCCGCGCGAUCGCCCCGCGGUGCGCGGGCCCGCCGGAUGAGCAGGACAAGGGUUUCACGGGCAAUGCCGCCGAGAAAUGUCGCGCGGGCGUCGGUCCAGAGGAGACGGUCUCCGUCGGCCCUGUGCUUUAUCCAGCGCUAGCGCGGGACGGCGACGCGGGCGCCGCUGCGGAACUCGGUAUGGGCAGUGGCGACCGAGCCGCGGCUGCGGAGCGCGGCGCUGUCGCGCCCGACGGCGCAGCGUCGCUGGCAAGCGAGGCGGGCUUCCUAGCGAAUGCGCCCGCCGAACUCGUCGUCGGCGCGCAGGCGGGCGCGCGGAUGCACUCCCUCGCCGGCGGCGCGACGAAGCCGCUGCCGCUGCAGAACGCAGCGCAGGGGCGCCUGGCUCCUGGGGGGGCGGCGCAGGCCCGAUCGCCGGCGCAGCUUCCGCCGCUGACCAGCCUGGUAGCAGCGAGAGCCGCUUGCGCGGCGGCCGUCGUGGAUCUUCGCGCCGCGGCUCAGUGCGUGGGCGCGGGCUGCCGGAGCCAGCUCGAGGAUGCGGUGGCCUCUGCGCGCGUGGAGAGCGCUGUGGCGAAUGCGCCGCAAGCCUUCCGCGUCGGGCCGGGGGGGCUGCCGGGCGCCGUCGAGCCGCGGGCGUGGCCCUCGGCGUUCGUGCAAUUCUCUGGCGGCGACUGCGCCCCGAACUUGAGCCAGCCGCGUCGAGGGCGAAUUCAGCGGGUCCUUCGUUACUUGAUCGAGCGCGAAGAAUUGGAGUGCGCUCUCCCGUCCGACGCGGUCGACCCGCUCACCCCUGGCGGUUGCUACAAAGCGCCGUCGCACUUCCGCUGGAGCACCCCCGACAUGCCAGCUGUCGUCGCGAGCGCGUGGCGCAGGCAGCAAACGCCUUGCGCCGCGCCGGGCGUGUGGAUGGGCGACGACGGGCGCGUCUGGCCGCGACUGCCCACCGCGGGGCCAGAGCCCAGCGGGCGGAUCAAAGCCGAGCUGCAGGCGUCGAUUGAGCGGCAGCACCCGCCGCCAAACCCCUGCGAACACCUGCCGCUGACAGGGGCAGUGCAGUGCGAGACGCCAACUUGCCGCCUUCCCAGCAGCUUCGGUCGAAUUCGCGCGCGGGGCGAGUGCGGUCAUUGUUCUGUCGAAGGCAGCGCUGCGACAGGGCGCGAAUUCGCUGGCGGGCAGUGCUGCGUCGGGGGCGAAUUGUUCGGCGCCCGUAAGCCAUUCCGCUCCGCCGCCGCAGCGGAGGACUCGUUUGCGGACAGCGCGGCGUUGGCUGCGAGCUUCGCCCGCGACAGUGCUGCGUGGGGCCCCGCGCAGGGGGCCGCGCUCGUGGGCGUGGCGAGGCGCCGGGUCCGGCGCUUCGACAUCAGCGCGAACCGUGCUGCAUGGUUCUCCCCCUGCGAGCUCGCCAUUUCCAUCGAGACCGGGGCCGGCGCGGUCACGGCGCACGCAAAUCGGAGGAUGUUCCCUGGCAGAGGCGUGGCAGUGAUGCGCGCGCGCAAACGCAUCCUCGAUCGCGGCGCCGCCGCGGACGGACUCCGGUUCCUUGGCGCGCGGCCGACGGGGCCCUGGGAUGCCGGGGCGCUACGCGUGCUCGUGGCGCCGCGCCCUGCUGCGGAGCGAGCCUGCCAAACCCGGCGCUGCGCGACUGCGCUGCCGACCGCCUCCGCCGAGAGCCGGCGCGCGAAGACGAUGGCGAGGGCGAGGGCCGCUGGGGGGGCGGCGAAGAGUAAGGAGAUGCAGAAAGGACGCGAGCCCUCGCUCUGCUGCAGAAGAACCCGCAAGCGGAAAAGGACAGACAUGCGCUUCUUCCCCGCUUGGCGUGCUCGCAGAAGUGAAAUCGAAGGGCUCGCGGGUCGCGCAGCCAGAAAUUAUGUUGCGGCCAUGCGCGUCAGUGUCCCGCGCGACGCGAACGUGUGCAGUGGUGUCUGGAUCCUGCGGUGCUGGGUGCCCAAUGCUACAAAGCACGGUUUCGAGGUCAGACUGCGCCAAGUGCUGCUUGCGCAGCUGGCGCAGCGAAAUCCGCUGGGCCUCGCCGCUAGCUUCCAACGAAUCGCUGUUCGUUCCGUGGAGUUUCUCGACAUCCUGCUGCCGUGGCACCUGGGCAGCCCGCUGUGCACCGCCCGCUCGCCAGAGCUCGUCGAGGGCGACAUGGCGGAGGUGCUCUCGGUGGUCACGCUCCGGACUGGGGAGGACACGCAUCCAUCAAGGGUCAUCAGAGAGCUGGCGCCCGGCACGCUGCUGACGCUGCUGGCCGUCGGGCUGGGCCGCCGCGUAAAGGUGCAGGUGUACGGCGAGGAGAGCGCGGUGGGAUGGGCCAGCCAGGGAGCCGGAACAGUUUUGCGGCGCCCUGUCCGCACUGCGACCAAGCAAGGCCACCCCCUGGUCAUAAAGCGGGACUUCCAGCUUCCCGUGGAGGUCGAGAGGGGCAGCGUCCACAGGGUCAGGUCGGUGGCCACCGUGCGAGCCAGGGAGGACCUCGCGAGCGAGAUUCUGCGCGAGGUGGAGGCCCGCACGCUCGUCAGGAUCGAGGAGCGAGGCACGCGCAACGACCGCCGCGUGAAGGUCUCCGCCCUCGGGCAGGUCCUCGGGUGGAUCAGCACCUGCACCGUCCACGGCGAGCCGCUCCUCGGCAAGGCCCUGCCCGUCGGCGGCAGGGCGGCGGAGUCGCGGCGCAGCGUGUUCUGGGGGAGCAGCGCCAGCAUCGCGCUGCUGCUGGAGGCGGCCCGGUCCGACGACCUCGGUGAGGUGAAGCGGCUCCUCGAAGGUGGCUCCGGCGUGAUGUCCAAGCUCCCGAGACGGCCGAUCCUGAACGGCCGCGACGCCCUGGGGAAGACCGCGCUGAUGUACGCGUGCCACUACGGCAACAGGGACGUCGUCCACUACCUGCUGACGAAGGCGACGGAGGCCGAGGUCAACUCCGUCGACGACGCGUCGAAGAGCGCUCUGCACCACGCGUGCCGCGCGGGGGCGGUGCACGCCGAGAGCCGUCCUGCGGACCCGUCGGGCGCCGGCCUGGCCCGCGUCGAGAUCGUCUCCGCGCUGCUCGGCGCCAGGGCGGAGGCGGAGGCCCGCGACAAGAGCGGGCGCACCCCGCUCAUGUUCGCGGUGGCGAGUGGCGAGCAGAUGGUGGUGCAAAGGCUGUUCGUCGACGAGUGGGGCUACACCAAGGGAGAGGCCCGCGUGGACACGCACGAGCAGACGUUCAAAGUGGCGGGUGACUUUGUGGUGCGUGCGACGAGCAAUUUUGGCUCGACGAUGGUAGAGUGGCUGCCGCCGCCACAUCGAGCGUGGCACACGCCAAUCGGCUGCGCGCUCCUGCGAGCAUCCGCGCAGCCGAUGGCCUCGACGGGCGGCCCGACGGCGGCGCCUGCAGCAUCGGCAUCGGAGAAGGUGCCACCCGAGGCGCACGCAGCGUGGGACGAAUGCGCGAGGAGGGAGGCGCCGCCGCAGGCGCACGCAGCGGACGAAGGCGCGAGGAGGGAGGCGCAGCAGCAGGCGCACGCAGCGGACGAAGGCGCGAUGACGAGGCCGAAGCCCAGCACAACUCCAACGCCAACGCAGGCGGCACCCGUCCUGCGACACAAGCUGAUGAAGUAUGCCGACCUCCUCAAUGAUACCCGCAAGAUCUCGAAAAGUAUCAAGCAGUCUCUUGCUGAGGAUGCUGUGUUCAAGCUAAUCGCCUCGCGGUGA